CUCACAGAUAUCCAAGUCAAUGAUCCUUCAGCCUUCACUUGUUGCCUUUAGACCAUUCAACGCAUCUCACGCCUAUUUUUUGCUUCCUUCCAAGCGAUCUCGUAUCAGAAGAAAUAGCAAAAUUUAUCACAUGAAAUCCAGUGUUGUUUUUGUGAUCUAAGUCAAAUAAAACUCUGGGUUUUUUUUUUUCGUGUGUGUGUGAUAAACCAUGAAGGGAUCUUUUUCCAGGAGGUUAAAGAUCUUAAGCUUUGUUUUAUCAUGGAUGUUUUCGCUAGCCCUUGUUUUCCCAGCUACGGCGCAAGAUGAUUUGAAGUGCCUGGAAGGUGUCAAGAAUUCUCUGAAAGACCCAGAUGGGAGGUUGAGUUCAUGGACUUUCAACAACAAUUCUGUUGGUUUUGUAUGCAAAUUUGUCGGCGUUCAAUGUUGGAAUGAACAAGAAAACCGCCUGUUAGGUCUCGAACUUCGAGACAUGAAACUGUCGGGAGAGUUACCUCAAUCUUUAGAGUACUGUCGGAGUUUGCAGACCUUAGAUCUGUCCGCUAACAAGCUUUCUGGUACGAUCCCUCCACAGAUAUGUUCUUGGUUGCCUUAUUUAGUAACCCUUGAUUUGUCUAGCAAUGAUCUGCAUGGUUCGGUCCCACCUGAGUUAUCAAAUUGUGCUUAUCUGAACAAUCUGAUACUGUCAAACAAUAGGCUUUCAGGUUCAAUUCCAUACCAAUUAUCAGGUUUGGAUAGGCUGAAAAGGUUUUCUGUAGCAAAUAAUGAUCUCUCGGGUGCUAUUCCUUCAUCUUUUGAGAAUCGUGAUAAGGCAGAUUUUUCUGGGAACAGUGGUCUUUGUGGGGAUCCUCUUGGAAAGUGUGGGGGGUUGAGUAAGAGGAAUUUAGCCAUUAUAAUUGCUGCAGGUGUUUUUGGUGCUGCUGCUUCAAUGUUGUUGGGAUUUGGGGUUUGGUGGUGGUUCCAUUUGAGAGGGGCAGGGAUGGGGAAGAAAGGGUUUGUUGAAAGGGGAGAUGACAGUAGUUGGGCUGAGAGGCUGAGGGCUCAUAAAUUGACUCAAGUUUCAUUGUUCCAGAAGCCACUUGUGAAGCUUAAAUUGGCUGAUCUAAUGGCUGCAACAAACAAUUUCAGUCCAGAGAGUAUCAUAGUUUCCACUAGGACUGGAACUACCUAUAAGGCAAUGCUUCCUGAUGGAUCAGCCCUUGCAAUCAAGAGGCUGACGACUUGCAAGCUCAGCGAGAGGCAGUUUCGGUGGGAGAUGAAUAGAUUAGGCCAACUUAGGCAUCCAAAUUUGACACCCCUUUUGGGAUUUUGUGUUGUGGAGGAGGAGAAAUUACUCGUUUAUAAGCACAUGUCAAAUGGGACGCUAUAUUCCUUGCUACAUGAGAAUACUGCCACUAUAGAUUGGUCGAUUAGGUUUCAAAUAGCUUUGGGUGCAGCCAGAGGUCUAGCUUGGCUGCACCAUGGGUGCCAGCCUCCAAUUCUGCAGCAGAACAUAUGUUCCAAUGUGAUUCUCAUGGAUGAGGACUUUGAUGCUAGGAUAAUGGACUUUGGAUUGGCAAGCCUUAUGACUUCUUCAGAUGUUUAUGAAACUAGUUUUGCCAAAAGGGAUAUAGGUGAAUUCGGUUACAUAGCUCCAGAGAGUUCAAGCACAACGGUUGCUUCGAUGAAAUCCGAUGUGUACGGAUUCGGUGUCGUGCUUCUCGAAUUGGUAACCAGACAAAAACCCCUAGAAGUUAAUGCAGGUGAAGAAGGAUUCAAAGGUGGUUUGGUGGAUUGGGUAAACCAUCUCUCAAACACAGGGAGAAUCAAAGAUGCCAUUGACAAAGAUCUGUAUGGGAAGGGGCAUGAUGAACAAAUUGUGCAGGUCCUCAAAAUUGGAUGCAACUGUGUGGUUGCUCAUCCAAAGAAGAGAUGGUCCAUGUUCAAGGUUUCUCAGUCAUUGCGAACCAUGGCUGAGGAAAAUGGUUUAUCAGAAGAGUUUGAUGAUUUCCCUCUGAUUUUCACAGACCAAGAUGAUGAAUCAAUAUAGAUUGGGAGUAAUGUUAAUUGCUUUUUAUUUAUGUCAGUUAUAAAUAGUUGUAUAAUAUCAAUAAAAAUGUUAAACAACCGUAGGUUCUUAGAUCUUGAAAAGAUCUAUUUAUUUUGCA